CUACACUCUUUUGAUCGAAAAUACAUUAUCAGAGAUUUCGUAAACUAUUUCUUCUAAUCUUCGUAUUUUAUCUCUCUUUCUUGAAAUAUAUCUAUACGCAUACCUUUUUCUAAUAAUAAAUGGCCAAUUUUUCGACAGCAAAUGAAACCAGCAUUUCGAAUAUGCAGAGUUACGAUGAUUUGAAUGAGGUAGAGCUCUUAGAAUAUAUCGACAGCUGUUCACUACUUGUUAUGUCUUUACUCCAACAAGACGACGACGAUUCAAAAGCCGAAGAUAUUAUUAUUAAUGGAUCUGAUGAUCAAAGGUUCGACACUUGCAGUACUUCAUCAGACGAAUAUUCAGAAGAUUCUCUCUUUCCGCAAAUGGAAAGCAGCUCCACGUCACCGGAUGAUCAUGGAUUUGAAUGGAUGGAUACGGAGAUGAAUUACUUUAUCGAUAAUCAUCAUUUCACAGACGAGAUUGAAACGGCGAAUAUGGUAAUUAAUGAUUAUUCAAAUGUUUGUUAUUAUGGGACGAUGCCCGUGGAGGAAGAUGUUGAUUACAUUGAUUUGUGGCAAUAGCUAAUUACAAAAUUAUCAUUGUAUUUGUUUAUCACUCUAUGGUGAAAAUAUCAAAUUGAUCGAUCAAUACUGUCAAAGGUUAAUUAUUAUGACAGCCCAUAAUAUAUAUAUUUAAAGAAUUUAAAUUUUAUGCUCUAAUUAUAUUCAUUCAUUAUUUUCAUGACAACAAAUUCAAACAAGAACCGAUUUUAAUCUGUUUUCAAGGCAAACUCUGUAAUUAUAUUCUCCGGCUUCCUUUAGUAUCUAAUCAAACAAUGAAUGGUAGGUAUAUCUUCAUAAUGCAUGAAGAAUUUGCUUUUUUGUUGAUUAUGUUGGAAAAUAUUGAGUUUGAAUA